AGCAUAGCCAUGAAAACCUUUCUUCUUGUCUUUUGUCGCCAGUUGUGUGAUAAUUGUUUUGGCCACCGGGCGUCUACUUGUCCAUAAUACCCGGUCAACACAAAUGUCCACAACUCUGGAACAGGCUUCGGCGUUACCCGACUCGGAUAACUACAGGAUUGAACAAUGACCUCCACCAGCUCGCGGAGCUCGUCGACCAUUACGGCGACAAGGUUGUCAAAUCAGCCACCAUUACAGCCGCCACCACCCAAUCCAUCUAGGCGAUUUCCCGUGACACCAGCUGUAUUGCGCUCCAUAUUCACAUCCUCGCGUACACCCCACGAGGAGAGAUCCAUAUCUCGUGUUGCAUUUUUCAGGUUCACCGGCUUUCUGCUCAGUUGCGUGUGCAUCAGCUUCGCUGCUGCAAGAGGGAGGGGGAUGAGAGGAAGUGCUGGUCUUCUUGGAGUUGUUUGACCGGCGAGAUAUGAAUGCAAAAUCUCAACUUUAUCAACAAUCUGGCCCGAAAUCAAAACUUGUUGAGAAGCAUUACGGUAGCAAUAAGUAUAUGCUGGGGUUCAUAACUAUGGCGAUA